AUGCACGGGAGGAGUAAGCAUAUUGAUGUUAGAUUUCAUUUUCUUCGAGAUCUUGCCAGAGAUGAAGUCAUUAAACUAGAACACUGUCCAAGCAAUAUGCAGGUGGCUGAUAUUCUAACUAAGCCAUUAAAGUUGGAGGCUUACAUAAGGAUGCGAGAAGCACUUGGGAUUUGUUCGAGUUCGAGAAGAUCUCUUAAAUUUAGGAGAUGUGGUCAUGUGAUCGUACAACAGGUCAUGGAGUCGUGCAAAAAACUAACACCAAAGCCGAGUUCCGCUGGCCCAAGUGGUCUCAGACUGUGUGAAAUAGUGGUUCCAAGACACGCUCAAGGAGGCCAAGGUGGGUCAAAUGUAUUACAGCGGCUUGGCGUUUCUAGAGAAGCCAAAAAGGAAGUGGAGAAGAAGGUGUUUGUUGUUGAUGGACGGGAAGAGUCUGAGAUUACCCUCAACAAAAGCGGCACGUGCCAUACACAUGGUGUUUUUGAUAGACAUUGGAUGGAAUUAUGA